CGAAGACAACAAGGUCCCAUUUGUCACUACUUACCACCCUGUCCUUAGGGGCCUAAAUGCAGUCCUUAAGAAGAACCUGCCAAUCCUUUACAGCAAUGAUAAAAUGGUUGAGGUUUUCAAAAACCCCCCGAUGGCAGCUUUCAAGCGCCCUAGAAACCUUAAGGACAUGGUGAAACAAUACGUAGGGGAAACAGGAGACCUCCGCAGGCGCAUCAAUAAUCAUCGUUCCACCAUCAAAACUAAGAAAAUUAAAGAACCCGUCGGGGAACAUUUUAAUUUAGAUGGUCACAAAUGGGAGGACAUGAUGGUUUUGGUCAUUGAUCACAACCCUAACUGGAUAGAUGCGGAGAGAAAAAAUAAAGAAAAAUUUUGGAUGCAUAGACUGAAGUCAUUCCGCCCUGACGGCAUUAACAAAUUAAGUGACUUCACCAAAAUGAACAUCAACUAAGUACUGAUUUGUUUUCGUAGCAAUAUCACCAUCUUCAUCUUUUUCGGUCCAUGUACAAACUAUUAAUCAUGUUAUUUAUUCAAAUUAUUAGCUAUUUCCUUAAUCGGUUUUGUUCUUUUUCUUUAUUUCACUUCCAUUAGUUUUUACAUUCAUGAUUAUUUAUGUGGUCUUUUACAGGGCCAAUCUUCCCUACAAACUUUCACUACGAAUUAUCUUACUAGUACAACUUAAUUAACAGCAACCCCCAAUUAGCAAGUUAAUUCGUUCGCGUUAUCUCUCAGCACUUCUUCACAGACCGUCCGCUGCGUCGGACGGGAUUUUUCUUUCUUGGGCUCGAAUUCUUAAAUAUAAAGAUGUAGCUGCCACGUUUUGAUCCGGUGUUUAAACAUUAUCUAGCUUUUAUAUAUUAUUUAGUUUAGUUUAGUGCUAGUUUUGUAGAUGUUUUUCUUCUUUCUUAUGUAGUUUUUAUUUUGUUGUCCUGAAGAAGGGACGGGUUGUCCCGAAAAUUUGACAAUAUAUUACUUUAUUGUUCGUGUCGUUGG